AUGGGGGGGCACAGAGCAGCUCGGGCCAAGGAGCGGUACCCCUGGGCGCGCUACCGCUGGCUGGACUCCCUCCUGGGCCUGCCCUCCCGGCGCCAGCGCCUCUUCCUCGCGCACCGCCUGGCCACGAGCCCGCUGUGCAACGCGCUGGGGGGGGGGGUGUUCCUGGGCACGCCCUUCUACGUCAAGACCUGGCAGCGCCACGGCGUGCUGCUGCUGCUGGUUACCACCGCCGUGUCUGUGGGGGUGACGUUCGUGGUGAUGUGGGGCUAUGUGCUGCUGUGGCGCCUGCUGGUGCUGGCCAUGGCAGGCGAGCUUUCAAGCUCUGGCGCAGCACUGCAUUCUGUAGCACUGCUGUCUCGCCUGCUGGCGCCGUUGAUAAUCUCGGUGGUGCGAAAAGCGGUAGUGACGGUGAGCUUCGGGCUGUCUCCCAAGGAGCUGAGCUUCGCCAGUGUGUUUGUGGACGAGUGCCUGCACCUGGACGAGUGGUCGCCAUCACACCACGUGCAGCACUGGAACGUGCAGGUGCGCUCACAUCACAUGCAGGUGCGCUCACAUCACAUGCAGGUGCGCUCACAUCACAUGCAGGUGCGCUCACAUCACAUGCAGGUGCGCUCACAUCACAUGCAGGUGCGCUCACAUCACAUGCAGGUGCGCUCACAUCACAUGCAGGUGCGCUCACAUCACAUGCAGGUGCGCUCACAUCACAUGCAGAAACUACUGGCGCUGGCCAAGACGCGAUCGUUGCGGGGGGAGGUGAUGGCGGGGUAUGAGGAUGACACGCGUGACAUGGGGAAGGCUGUACUCAGGGAGGGGCUACUUGAAGAGCGGGUGCCUCAAGGGGGCGUAACUGGGAAAGAGAUAGCUGAUGAGGGGUCGAGUGGGGAGGGUAAGGCGGAGGAGAGAAAGGAGCAGGAGGAGGUUGGAGAGAGGGAGGUGAGGGUGACGAGGCAAGGGGAAGGUGAUGGAAGAGUGGGUGUUGAGGGUGCAGGGAGUGCAGGGAUAGACGCAAUACAGACAAGUGUGUCAAGCCCACAGCAGGGCAGCUGCAUGCAUACAGCUGAGCGAACGGGGCUCUCUGGUACCCACUUGGGGUUGGGGGAGGCCGUGGAGCCAUUCAGAGCCGCCCAACAACAAAUGGUGGCAGCAGCAGGAGAGAAGGGAGGGAAGGGCAGAGCACCAGGAAGCGUGAGGCCGAGCUUAAGCCUCAUGCAGCAGGCUCUGCGACAGGGGGGGGAGAGAGGGGAGGGCGAUGAGGAAAUGGGUGAAGAAGGGGGUGAAAGCAAGGAAGGGCGAGCGGGGGGAGGGGGCAGCGCUGCAGAGGGAGUUGGACGUGUAGCACGGAAGGGGGGAGUGGGUGAGGCUUUUGUUGAGGGUGCACGUGAAGAGAUGAAAGGAAAGCUGGUGAGGCCGAGGCACGAGGGGCAGCUGAAGGCGACAGGAGUGCAGCACGGCAGCGGCAGGCAGCAGCGAGUGCGUGCGAGAGGCAGCAGGGAGGAGGCAGCACGGGUGGCGUAUGAAUUCCUGUGGAACGACGGCGCGCUGGAGGCAGCAGCGAGUGAGUGCGAGACGUACAAGCUGCUGCGCUCGCAGCUGCAGGCCAUCACCCACAACCCGCGCCUCUCCGACCAGGAGUGCGUGCGCCAGGUGAAGCAGCUGUGUGUGAUGAUAGAGGAGCGGUUCAGCGAGCUGACUGGCCAAUUUGACCUCAACCACGGGGCUUACUUUCGAGAUCCCCGCAUUAUCAGGGCUAUGGUGCACUUCCUGGGACACAGGGAGCUCCCUGAUUGGUCCAGGGAGAUCGACACUGAUGUGUUGAGGGCUGAACAAAGGAUCAGGUUUGGGAGACUUGGGCACAGGGGUGCAGGUGGAUAG